AUGAAUACAUUCUCUCCAUAUAGCAUGAGGCGUCAAGCUCAGAGAGAAGCCCGUUCUGCAGAGUCGUGGAAUACCUGGAAAAGAAACAUAAGAAAUAAUUCUUUAAAUGCUCCAUCCAGAAAUGAUCUAGAGCAGCAAGCUGUUGGCGGUGGUAAAAAUAGACUUCGAUCUGUACAGACAGAGCCCGUAUUUCCAACCCAGCCUAUGGCCGGGCAAAUGAGCGUAAGAGAGAUUAUCGAUAUAGAUAUCAGCAUUCAAAAAGACGUCGAUGCCACAGAAGUAGACAACUUUAAGAGCGACGAAGAAAGAGCUCGACAUAUAUUUGGCGGAAAUCCCGAACACCCCACAAAUAAUGUUGGUGCGACUGAAGACGACAAGAUUGCAAAAAAGCGACCAUGGUACAUGGGGAAAGAUCUUAAACAUGAACCAUUUACAUUCAUGAACCAGAUGAAAGCUAUUCUCUUCAACUCAUGGAUAAACAUCUUGCUCUUAGCAGCGCCAGCUGGGAUAACAUGCAAGCUUGCAGGUGUAAACGGUAUUAUUGUUUUCGUCGUUAAUUUCACAGCUAUUGUACCCCUAGCUAGUCUUCUAAGUUUUGCGACCGAAGAAAUAUCACUGCAUGUCGGAGAAAGUGUAGGCGGUCUACUUAACGCUUCAUUUGGAAAUGCUAUAGAGAUAAUCGUCUCUGUAAUAGCUCUCGAAAAAGAUGAAUUUGUUAUUGUUCAAACUUCUCUCAUUGGUAGCAUUUUAUCGAACCUUCUUCUAGUUAUGGGAAUGUGUUUUUUCUGUGGCGGAAUACGAAGAACCGAGCAAUUUUUUAAUCAAGAGGUUGCCCAAACUGCAGCGAGUUUAUUGGCACUCUCGAUCGGCAGUAUUAUUAUUCCAACAUGUUUCGAUCUUUUCUCUAAAUCCAGAAAUUCCGCAAAUAUAGCAUCUCUUUCCCGCGGUACCUCUGUCAUUCUUCUUUUCGUCUAUGCUGCCUAUAUCUUCUUUCAGCUACACACUCAUCAAAAUAUGUUCAAUAUUAAAAGCCAAAAAGUUGCUCUAAAGCCUCGCAAGAAUACAAUUAGUAAAGGAGCAAUAUCCAAAGGUAUUGCUAGUGCCGGUGCUAUUGGAGCUGGGACAGGGCGCCCUUAUUUUCCCGACAAGCCAGAGACCGACGUACUGGUAAAAACUGACGCAUUCGAAGCCGCAGCCGAUGAUCCCGAAGAACCUCAGCUUCAUAUAGCUGUAGCCUGGCUCACACUCGCAGUUGUUACUGGAAUUAUCGGUGUCUGCGCUGAAUCUAUGGUUGGAGGUAUCUCAGCUAUUACCGCCACCGGAACUAUAUCUGUGGAAUUUGUGGGAUUAGUCCUCCUACCAAUUGUUGGAAACGCAGCAGAACAUGCCACCGCGGUCACUGUGGCACUUAAAGACAAGAUGGAUCUCGCAAUUGCGGUUGCGGUUGGCUCUAGUAUGCAAAUCUCGCUUUUGGUAAUUCCUCUCGUGAUUGUUAUUGGCUGGAUUCAGGGUAAAGAAGGCAUGACUUUAAGCUUUGACGGUUUUCAGGUUGCAGUUCUUUUCGUAUCUGUUCUACUCGUAAACUAUCUAAUAGGUGACGGAAAAAGUCAUUGGUUAGAAGGCAUGCUUCUCGUAUGCCUUUAUCUAAUUAUCGCCGUUUGCGCAUGGUAUUAUCCUAUAAACAUACAGAUGGCUGCUUGA